GCGCUGCCCUGAGUGCCUGGCCAGCCCCAGCCUCAGCAGGAGCGAUGCUGCCCUACCGGAGGGAGAGCCCGGCCCUGCCCCGCUGCCCAGUGCGGGGAGGAAGGGUGGUGCAUGGGCCUCAGUUCGCCUACUGCCCCAGCCCCCAAGCUCUGCACCGGCUGCCAGGUGCCCACGCCUGCCCCUUCACCGUCAGUGCGGUGCCUUGCCCUGACCAUGGCUUCCCCUGCCCCGGCUCCCCGGGGCGCCUGGGCGAGGGCAGGGAGCGAUACGAGCUGGAGGCGCUGCCCUGGCAGGGGCCCCGGCUGGGCUUGGACGAGCUGCAGAAGCCAGAGCUGGGGUGCUGGGCCAGGGUCCAGUCCAUCUGUGUCUCCCUUCUCAAGGUGCCCCUGAUGUUUGGGUUCCUGUAUCUCUUCGUGUGCUCCCUGGACGUGCUCAGCUCUGCCUUCCAGCUGGCCGGAGGCAAGGUGGCCGGGGACAUCUUCAAGGACAACGCUAUCCUCUCCAACCCGGUGGCCGGGCUGGUGGUGGGCAUCCUGGUGACCGUGCUGGUGCAGAGCUCCUCCACCUCCACCUCCAUCAUCGUCAGCAUGGUCUCCUCGGGGCUGCUGGAGGUGCGCUCUGCCAUCCCCAUCAUCAUGGGCUCCAACAUUGGCACCUCCGUCACCAACACCAUCGUGGCCCUCAUGCAGGCCGGCGACCGCAGUGAGUUCAAACGAGCCUUCGCCGGCGCCACGGUCCAUGACUGCUUCAACUGGCUGUCGGUGCUGGUCCUGCUGCCGCUGGAGGUGGUGAGCGGGUACCUGCACCACGUCACCCGCCUGGUCGUGGCCACCUUCAACAUCCGCAGUGGCAAGGACGCCCCCGACCUGCUGAAGAUCAUCACGGAGCCCUUCACCAAGCUCAUCAUCCAGCUGGACAAGUCGGUGAUCACGGGCAUCGCAACGGGGGACGAGAGCCUGCGCAACCGGAGCCUCAUCCGUGUCUGGUGUGGCCCCGCACCCCCACAGGUGAGGGCGGGGCUGGGCUGGUCCCAGCCCCUCGCCCAGCCGUGCUGUGGGGCAGGCGAGCACCUCUUCACCGACACGCCGCUGCCCGACCUGGCCGUGGGGCUGGUGCUGCUGGCCGGGUCCCUCAUCGUGCUCUGUACCUGCCUCAUCCUCCUGGUCAAACUCCUCAACUCCCUGCUCAAGGGGCAGGUGGCCAAAGCCAUCCAGAAGGUCAUCAACACUGACCUCCCGCACCCGCUCAGCUGGCUCACUGGGUACUUCGCCAUGGUGGUGGGCGCCGGGAUGACCUUCGUGGUGCAGAGCAGCUCUGUCUUCACCUCGGCCAUCACACCCCUGAUCGGCCUGGGGGUGAUCAGCAUAGAACGCGCCUACCCGCUGACCCUGGGCUCCAACAUCGGCACCACCACCACCGCCAUCCUGGCCGCCCUGGCCAGCCCGGGGGACAAGCUGGCCAGCUCCUUCCAGAUCGCCCUCUGCCACUUCUUCUUCAACAUCUCCGGCAUCCUGCUGUGGUACCCGCUGCCCUUCACCCGCCUGCCCAUCCGCAUGGCCAAGGCGCUGGGCGAGCGCACGGCCAAGUACCGCUGGUUCGCCGUGCUGUACCUCAUCGUCUGCUUCCUCCUGCUGCCCUCCCUCAUCUUCGGCAUCUCCAUGGCGGGCUGGCAGGCGCUGGUGGGGGUGGGCACGCCUUUCCUCGGCCUCCUCUUCUUCGUGGGGCUGGUGAACGCGCUGCAGGCGCGCAGCCCCGGCCGCCUGCCCAAAUGGCUGCAGACCUGGGACUUCCUCCCCGCCUGGAUGCACUCGCUGCAGCCCCUCGACCGGCUCAUCACCCGGGCCACCCUCUGCUGCACCGACCGCUGCCGCAGCCCCGAGGGCUGGGAGGAACGCGAGGGUCCUCCCCGCGACAAGGCCAGGCUGGGGCUGGACAACCCAGCGCUCUCCUACCCCGAGGAGGUGCCCGGCCCUGCCGUCCGGGUGGGCUCCCCUUGCCCACCUCCGCAUGGUGCCACCCGGCUCUAGCCGGCACC